GCAGGUGGUUGUUGGGGGUGCGAGGGAGGAGGCACAGUAGAUUUCAAAAGACCAAACGCAGAGAGACAGUCACCGGAACUACCCAACCCACCAACCCCCUUUCCCAAAUUCUUCGUAAAUACAAUACAAAUUCUGCAUUUCUCUUCCUCUUCUUCUCCAAAAUUUCGGUGCUUAGUCGUCGGAGAUGGCGUCUUCUCUGUCCGCCAAGCCCUUUCUCACGUCUUCGAGGUCUAACGGAGCCUCUGGUCUGGGUUCUCUGCCCCCAGAUCUUAAGAAGCUUUCUUCUCCAGCGCUUCAACUCUCCAUCCGCCGUCCUCUUUCCAGAAAUCUCCAAAUACAGGCAGCUGGGAGUACAUUUGGAACCUACUUCCGUGUUACUACUUAUGGAGAAUCACAUGGAGGAGGUGUUGGUUGUGUGAUUGAUGGAUGUCCUCCUCGACUUCCCCUCUCUGAAGCUGAUAUGCAGUUGGAUCUUGACCGAAGGAGGCCAGGUCAGAGUCGAAUAACUACCCCAAGAAAAGAGACUGAUACAUGUCAAAUAUAUUCAGGAGUUUCUGAAGGAGUGACUACUGGAUCACCCAUAAUGGUAUUUGUACCCAAUACCGAUCAAAGAGGAAAUGAUUAUAGUGAAAUGUCAAUAGCUUAUAGGCCUUCUCAUGCAGAUGCAACUUAUGACUUCAAGUAUGGUGUGAGAUCAGUGCAGGGUGGUGGUAGAUCGUCAGCAAGGGAAACCAUUGGAAGAGUUGCAGCUGGAGCAGUUGCUAAGAAAAUCUUGAAGAAAUUUUCUGGAACUGAGGUGCUUGCUUAUGUCUCACAAGCCCACAAGGUUGUACUUCCAGAAAAUUUGGUUGAUCAUGAAACUCUGAUGCUUGAUCAGAUAGAGAGUAAUAUUGUGAGGUGCCCAGAUCCAAAAUAUGCAGAAAAGAUGAUCGCUGCCAUUGAUGCUGUCCGAGUGAGAGGGGAUUCUGUUGGUGGUGUUGUCACGUGCAUUGUGCGGAAUGUCCCUCGUGGGCUUGGUUCACCAGUUUUUGAUAAACUUGAAGCUGAGCUGGCCAAAGCUGCCUUAUCAUUACCUGCAACUAAGGGCUUCGAAUUUGGCAGCGGGUUUGCAGGUACAUUCAUGACUGGAAGUGAACAUAAUGAUGAAUUCUUCACAGAUGAACAUGGACGAAUUAGAACAAGAACAAACCGUUCUGGGGGAAUACAGGGAGGAAUAUCCAAUGGGGAAAUUAUAAACAUGAGAAUAGCUUUCAAGCCAACAUCCACAAUUGGAAGGAGACAGCAUACCGUGACUCGAGAUAAAAAAGAGACAGAGCUAAUUGCACGUGGCCGCCAUGAUCCUUGUGUUGUUCCACGAGCGGUACCAAUGGUAGAAGCUGCUGUGGCCUUGGUGCUCGUAGACCAAUUGAUGGGACAAUAUGCCCAAUGUCAACUGUUUCCCAUUAAUCCAUCUCUGCAAGAACCCAUGGAGUUUCCUGCGUUGGAGCCGGCCGGCGUUCACAUUUGAAAGGUGCAAAGCAGCUGUAACAUUAUCUCCGUUUCCAUACCAUUGACGCCUUUUCAGUAUAUUAUCCUAGUAUCGUGAGAUUUUUCUUUUUUUCCCACAUAUGUAUGCAGUGGGUUCGAAAAUUCUGUUUAUUUUCCCCAUCUUUUUGUUGUAAUCUAUGAAUAGGUGGUGUGAUAGUUUUAGCCACCUUUGCUUCAGAGUACCUGAAAAUUAGUUAGUGAAGUCAAAUAAAACUUGUGAGCUCUUCCUUUGCUGGAACUUGAAGUAUAAAAAAUGAUCUCCCCGUAUUUGACA